CAAAAGUUAAAGCAGACUCCAAAAUUCCCCACAAACCACACGAUUUCACCCCAUUUAUUAUUCUUACCUUCUCCCCCUUUCUCUCGCUUUGUCGUGCCUCCAACUCCAACUACCUUCCCUCGAUCUCCACCACAAUCCGACAACCCCCCAUAUGCCGGAAAGAAACCCCCGCCGACGUCACCCCGGAUCCGGCGGCGGAAGCAGUCGGAAGACAAAGCCUCCACACCCUUCUCCUUCCCCGAGAGCGACCCGCUGCCGAAAGGCUUCUCCUUCCCCCGCAGCUCCGCCCAAUCGCAAUCGCCCAUUAUCCAGGAUCAGAAACUACCACUCCGGCAGGACUUCCAGGGUACUGAAGCGAUGCGCCUCCGAACCCAUACUCCGGAGCAACCCCACCGGCGAUCAAGAGGAAGAAGGACCCAGUGAUGGCGAUCCUCUACUCCAUGAUCGCCCAAGUCAUAGUAGUAGCUUCACCUGCUUGGAAAACUACUGUUGGCCCGAGGGCGUCGCGGCGAUCCACCGGCCUCGGACUUGGACCGACGUAUUCUCUUCGUCUCCGUCUCGUCUGGGCUCGGGAUCAUCUCCUCGGCCGAGCUUCGAUGUGUACUCGAGAGAUGCGAAGGUAGUGCUGAACGUGACGGUGGAAGGGAGCCCAGGUCCGGUGAGAACGAUGGUGAAACUGGGCUCCACCGUCGAAGAGACGAUCGGUCUCGUGGUAGAUAAAUAUUCCGAAGAGGGAAGAACCCCCAGGCUUGGAAGAGAUGCCGAGCCCUCGUACGAAUUGCACCACUCCCACUUCAGCCUUCAGUGUUUGGAGAGAUCGGAAUUGAUCGGGGAAGUAGGGAGCAGGAAUUUUUAUAUGAGGAAGAGCGGCAGUAGUCGGAGGAAGAGCAGGAGCGGCAGCCUGUUGGGUUCUUCGCCGGCUACGGUGGAACGGAACUCGCCGCCGCCUAAGGGGAUUCCGCCGGCGAUUGUGCUGUUCCAAGGUUUCUUCGCCAGGAAGUUCAGUAAAAUUGUGAGAAGAACGCGUCGGGUAUGGAAUAUGGUGGUGUGCUUGCCGUGAUCGAUCGAUCGAUCGACCUCCCAUCCCACGAUUUCGCUGUUAGAGAGAGCCCCAGUAGCUUUUUUAUUACUGGCAGUGGCAGAUAGGUAGGAUGACAACAAAACCCGAACCCACGGGUACCCAUUCGAUUCAAUUCUAUCAAUGCGGAUAAAAUUCGUGUUGACGGGUUUUUGGCCGGGUUUGGGUUUAAACCCAUGCAACUUUACUUUUUUAACCUCUUUGCGAUAUUGUGUGGAAUACACAAAACAAAUUGUAGUCUGCCUAGUAAAUAUGAAAUAUCAAUUAUGACAAAUUGACAAUUGACACGCACCAUAAAUAUACAAGAUAUUGGAUUGAUGGUAUUUGUAGUGUAUGU